AUGGCGGCGCUUGGGCGGCGGUGGCCUGUGCGGCUGCUCGUCGCGCUGCGGCUCCUGCACGACGGGGCUCCGUCGCGGGACGUGCUGCUCUUCAAGCACGAACGGGGCCGCUUCUUCGCCGUCCUCGGGCUGUUCUGCGCGGGCCAGGGCGUCUUCUGGGCGUCCCUGGCCGUGGCAGCCUUGGCCCGACCCCCGGCCCGGGCGCUGCCUCCAGACGCGGAGCCCGCAGACCGCGGCCGCUUGGACCUGCGCUCCGCGCUCUGGCGCUACGGCCUGGCCGUCGGCUGCGGCGCCAUCGGUACCCUGGUACUUGGCGCUGGUCUUCUCUUCUCCCUCCGUUCUGUGCGUUCAGUGAUGCUGCAGGCUGGAGGGAAGCAGGUGACCCUCACCACUCAUGCCCCCUUUGGCUUGGGUGCUCAUUUCACCGUCCCUUUGAACCAGGUAUCCUGCAUGGCCCACCGUGGUGAAGUCCCUGCUAUGUUGCCUUUGAAGAUCAAAGGCCGGCGCUUCUACUUCCUCUUGGACAAAGCUGGACAUUUCCCCAACACAAAACUCUUUGACAAUACUGUGGGUGCCUACCGCAGCUUGUGAAGAAACCACCUUGGGUCGCUCACCUCUCCCAGAGGGGAAUAAAAACCGAACCUUGGAGAUGGGGUGACAACCAAGGGCAGGACACAAGGGGGCCCAGGGUUCAUGAACAGCAAAUAAAAGAUCAGUCAUCCCAAGGGCAAGGGAGAGAACCUCUGACUUUUGUUCCAUGUCUGUUUAGUUCUGUCUUCCCAUCCACCUGCCUACAGUGCUUUAACACCAAGAACUCCGUAACAAGAUGAAGGAAGAAAGUAAUAUAAUAUUCUGGUACAAAAACAGCUGUAGGAAGAGAGGUGGAGGGGGCCUA